AUGAAGUCAAUUAGUGGAAAAGAAAUUGUGAUUGUGGGUAAGCGUAAAGAUUACUUGUCAAAUGUAAUCUCUGUUAUGGUCUCCGAAAGAUUGAGAGCGAAGGUGUUUUUCAAGAUUGAUUUGAGGUCGGGGUAUUAUCAGCUUAAAGUGAAGGAUUCAGAUGUGCCUAAGACUGCAUUUAAGACUAGAAAGGAUUAUGUGGUAUACAGUGAUGCAUCUCACAUGGGUCUUAGAUAUGUGUUAAUGGAGGAGGCUGUAGUUUUCACGCUUAAGUUCUGGAGACAUUAUCUUUAUGGAGAGAAGUGUAUUAUUUACAGGGAUCACAAGAGUCUUAAGUAUCUACUCACCCAAAAAGAGUUGAACUUAAGAUAUCGUAGGUGGAUUGAGCUACUUAAAUAUUAUGAUUGUACCAUUGAGUACCACCCUGAUAAGGCUAGUGUGAUAGCCAAUGCUCUUAUCUGGAAGGUGAUGAUUGAACUUAGAGCAAUGUUUGCCAGAUUGAGUUUGUUUGAAGAUGACCUCAUUUUGAUUGAUAAAAUAAAGGAAAAUCAACCUUUGGAUGUUUCUUUAUUGCCUUAUCUUAAGCAAGUUGAGAAUGGUUCAACGAAUGAUUUUAGGUUUAAUGCUGAUGGUGUUUUAUGUUUUAGAGGAAGAUACUAUGUACUGAAUGAUGAAGAUUUGAGGAAAUAUCGCUCAGAUCCAUCUCAUGUGGUUUGGGUGGAAGAGAUUGAGGUAAGAUCAGAUUUGUCUUUUGAGGAGGAGCCUAUGAAAAUUUUAGAUCAUGAAAUUAAGAUUAUGAGAAAAAAAUCAAAUACCUUUGGUCAAGGUUCUAUGGCGGAAUCAUGGUUCUGA